AUGGCGGACAACAGCAACAUAAAAUGCAGUUUUCAUAAUCAGGAUUACAAACUGUACUGCAAGGACUGUAAGGACUGUAUUUGCAUGGAAUGUUUAGAUGAAGACCUGCAUCACAUGCAUAGCUUCUGUAAGUUAAAGGAUGCCAGGAUUGAUAUACUGAAAGAAUUACAAACAUUCAUAGCUGACAAUGGCGAAACUAAAAGUGAAACAGCUGACUACUUUUCUGAAGCGUUGAAACGUAAGAUGGAAGAAUUCAAAGAUGCUGAAUUGUUGAUAAAGAAUCAAGUAAUAGAUGGUGCGGAAGAAAUGAUACAGCAUAUAAAGGCUUCAAAAGAUGAACUCCUUUCUUCAUUAGAACAACAGUUUUAUAAACGUUAUAAACAUAACAAAAGUGUUCAAGACAGUUUGAAAACAAUCUACUCAUGCGUUAAUAAUGUAGACCCCGACACUAUUAAGGACGAUCAGGUAGUUAAUUUACAUGUUGAGAUGAGAAGGUGUGUUUCGACAUGUAAACAUAUACUAUCAAAGGAUGAAAAGCCGACUUUUAUUCAAAAUCCAAAUUGUACUCUAGGAUACUUAACUACUAUUUCUGAUGACAUUACAAAUGCAGAAACAAUAAGUAAAUCUGAUGAUGAAAUUGAUAAAAACAAAAAGCUACAUAACUCUAGUGUGACUGUCGUGGUGCAGACAGAUUAUAACAAUAGUGUUCUCGCAAAAGAACGUGAAGCAAACCAAGAAGAAAGUUCGUCAGAUGAAUUGCAAGAUGAUUAUCCAAUAACCAUCAGUUUCGAUAACAACGAAGGAGAGAUUGACAAAAUUAUUCCAAUAUCAGAUCAAGAUGCAUGGGUAAUUAUCAGCAGAAAACUGAGAAAAAUAAAAAAUCGGAUGCUUGAAAGUACUCAAUACACAUCAGCAGAUGACUUUGUAGUACUCAAGGAUGGGUCUGUAGUGUUGCUUUGUACGAAUGAUAAAUUUAUUAAAAAGCUACUCCUAGACGGAAGAGUUGUACCGUUUGCUUUUAUGGAUAGUUACUACCCUUAUGGUCUUUGUUUAACGGAAAAUUCUGUUUUUAUAAACUUGUGUUACUACAACAGUAAAGAUUUCCGAAUAAUGUUCAGUAAAAUGAACUCUUUUGGUUUUGACGGCAUAAUAUCAACAACCUGGGAUUUAGAAACUUUAAAUCUAUCGGGAUUGCCAGAAUCAGUAUUGCAUAUCGAUGGGGAAGAAACUGUUUUUUGUAUUUUGAGUAAAUAUUAUUCAGGAAAUGAAGGAUUGUCAAUUAUUUAUCUUGUAAAGAGGAACAAAAAAGACACUGACUCGACGGGCUCGGUUGAUGUUAAAUAUUUUCAAGGUUCCUUUGGUAUGUCUCCGAGUAUUAAGUUCAAGUGUAAUGGCAUUUGUUCUGAUAAAAACAAUACCAUUGUAGUCUCUGAUACAAUUUACAGAUGUGUAUAUGCUCUAGAUGAAAAUAUGAAAUUCAAAAAGUUUGUUGUGAGCAGUAGUGACUAUAACCUUGAAUCUCCCGGUGCGAUUGCAAUAUACAAUGAGAAUUUGUGGGUAGCAGAUGGCAAAAAGAUAUUGAUAUUCAAAUAUGAUGCUUAG